GAGGGAAAAGGGGCCAGCGCUGCUCAGGCAUCGCGCCGGGCAGCCGCCGGGCCCCGGCAGGCACGGGGAGAGGCGGGGCCUGCUGCAGGCAGGGACGUGGCCGUAGCGGAGGGUGUGUGAGGCUGUGCGACCCCCGGAUCCAGCGCCGCCGCUAUGCCCGGGCCCAACCCCAGCGCUACCAGCGUCGGCUCCUCCGGCCGCUCUCCCAGCAAGGCCGUGGCUCCCCGCGCGGCGGGUUCUACCGUCCGGCAGAGGAAGAAUGCCAGCUGUGGGACGAGAAGUGCAGGCCGCGCCACUUCCACGGGGACUGGUGGGAUGUGGCGAUUCUACACUGAGGACUCCCCAGGGCUCAAAGUUGGGCCUGUUCCAGUUUUGGUCAUGAGUCUUCUUUUUAUUGCUUCUGUGUUUAUGCUGCACAUCUGGGGUAAAUACACUCGUUCAUAGACUCAGCUGCCAACUUAAAGCAUACAUCUUGGACCAAAAAUAUGGUGGAUCCUGGUUGUUCUUGGAGAGAGACUGGGGAAGUUUCCUAUCACCUGUUGAAGUCCUGUCAACUUUGGCUCUAAUACUGAAUUAAUUUCUCAGUUUGCUAUUUGGGCAGGUUUAAAGUCUGUCAUGGGUCAUUUUAUAUUUGUAUCUGUACACUUAGAAUACAGGUAUGACAAUAAAAGUUGUAUAUGGAAAUAGAAA